AUGAGUAACGGUCCUAUCCUCGCCGGAUCUCCCAAUAAGAGCUGCUCCCACGACUCCCGGGCCAGCGACGGCGUUGGCGCUGAUGUGAGCAGCAGGAGCAGCAGUUCCAGCGCCUCUCCUGCCGUCAAAUCCGCCAUUUCUCCAGCGAGCGCGUCGCCAUCUUCUUCGUUCUUUGACAUCGCACCACCUGCUACCCGUUCUGACACGCCACCACCUUCCCGCUCUUUCUUAAGCUUGCUGCCUUUUGCUUCCCUUAGUUCCAAGCGCCAGCAGCAGCAGCAGCCGUCGUCUCGUGCUGGCGUGUCCGCAGUGGGAGGCUCGCUGCUUGAGUUGCUCGACGAAGGAUGGUUCUCCAGCAAUGUCGCCGCUUGGCCCCAUGAUUCCGAUUUAACCACAAUCCAGGAAGCGGUUAACGAGACAGAGGAUGCUGAUAACGGGGAUGCGCUUCCAGGGGUCCCGGAAACGGGGAGGGUUGCGUGUGCGCACGUGGAUUUAAUCGCUCCGAGCUUCGCAAGCAACUUCCGCGAAGGCGCAGGUGGUGCUGCAGCGGAGUGUGCUUGCACGGCGGCUGAUGACCGAACCAGCGGGGGUGCUUCGGCUGUGUCCGAACCGAGCGGUUGUUCCAGGUCUGGCAGUCCCGAGCCGGACCCUGAAGGCAGCUUCGGAAAGUACCGACGCCGCCGCGGCCGGUCGGGAAGCAGGCGGCGACCGAAGCGCAGCAGCAGCCUCGACGCGGCGCGCAUGUCAAGACGCGUGACGAUGCUUCCGCAUCCCCCGCUUCCGGCGGACGAGGAGCAGCGAGAUCAUAUAGAGACGCGAAGCAGCGACGGAGAUUGUUACGAGCGCACUACCUCCCCUUACGCUUCGUCCGGGCGAGGGACGUACGCGGAAAGGCGGGGAAGCGCUGGAGAACAUUUCUCCGCGUUUCACCCAUCUCCCCCUUUCCGAUGGUCCGCGGGAGGUACGGGGACGGCGGAAGCGGAGAAUGGAGCGGGUGGGGGGAGUUGCGGAAGCAGAAGCGCGGGGAAACCGCGGUAUUUGCGCACGCGGAGUGUGUCGGAUUAUGACUCGGCGGACCUGACAGAGGCUGACGUGGAGGAACUCCGGGGCUUCAUGGAUCUGGGCUUUAACUUCCGCCAGGCGGACAUGAGCGCGCGCAUGACCGCCACCCUCCCCGCGCUGCGCCUGUACCAGGCCGUGGGGAGCGUGCAGCAGAGACUCAUCUCCCGCCACCAUCAUCACGCCGCUCCCGCUACAGCCGCUGCCGCUACAGAUGAUGUUCAUGGCACCGCUGGUGCUCUGUUUACGCAUUCCCUUAUCCUCUGCCUCACCUGCAUCCCCCCUCCCUUCGCCCUGCUUCCCCCCUCCCUCCACCCUGCUUCCCCCCUCCCUCCUCCCUGCUUCCCCCCUCCCUCCACCCUGCUUCCACACUCCCUCCGCCCUGCUUCCCCCCUCCCUUCGCCCUGCUUCCCCCCUCCCUCCUCCCUGCUUCCCCCCUCCCUCCUCCCUGUUUCCCCCCUCCUUCGCCCUGCUUCCCCCCUCCUUCCUCCCUGCUUCCCCCCUCCCUCCUCCCUGCUUCCCCCCUCCCUCCUCCCUGCUUCCCCCCUCCCUCCGCCAAGCUUCCCCCCCCCUAUGCCCUGCUUCCCCCCUCCCUCCGCCAGGCUUCCCCCCUCCCUCCGCCAGGCUUCCCCCCUCCUCCUGCCCUGCUUCCCCCCUCCCUCUGCCCUGCUUCCCCCCUCCCUUUGCCCUGCUUCCCCCCUCCCUCUGCCCUGCUUCCCCCCUCCCUUCGCCCUGCUUCCCCCCUCCCUCCUCCCUGCUUCCCCCCUCCCCCUCCCUGCUUCCCCCCUCCCUCCGCCAAGCUUCCCCCCUCCCUAUGCCUGCUUCCCCCCUCCCUCCGCCAAGCUUCCCCCCUCCCUUCGCCCUGCUUCCCCCCUCCCUCCGCCAGGCUUCCCCCCUACUCCUGCCCUGCUUCCCCCCUCCCUCUGCCCUGCUUCCCCCCUCCCUUUGCCCUGCUUCCCCCCUCCCUUCGCCCUGCUUCCCCCCUCCUUCCUCCCUGCUUCCCCCCUCCCUCCUCCCUGCUUCCCCCCUCCCACCGCCCUGCUUCCCCCCUCCCCCGCCCUGCUUCCCCCCUCCCUCUGCCCUGCUUCCCCCUCCCUCCGCCCUGCUUCCCCCCUCCCUCCGCCCUGCUUCCCCCCUCCCUCCUCCCUGCUUCCCCCCUCCCUUCGCCCUGCUUCCCCCCUCCCUCCUCCCUGCUUCCCCCCUCCCUUCGCCCUGCUUCCCCCCUCCUUCCUCCCUGCUUCCCCCUCCCUCCUCCCUGCUUCCCCCCUCCCACCGCCCUGCUUCCCCCCUCCCUCUGCCCUGCUUCCCCCCUCCCUAUGCCCUGCUUCCUUCCUCCCUCCGCCCUGCUUCCCCCCUCCCUCCGCCCUGCUUCCCCCCUCCCUCCGCCCUGCUUCCCCCCUCCCUUCGCCCUGCUUCCCCCCUCCCUCCGCCAACCUUCCCCCCUCCCUUCGCCCUGCUUCCCCCCUCCCUCCGGCAGGCUUCCCCCCUCCCUCUGCCCUGCUUCCCCCCUCCCUCUGCCCUGCUUCCCCCCUCCCUAUGCCUUGCUUCCCCCCUCCCUCCGCCCUGCUUCCCCCCUCCCUUCGCCCUGCUUCCCCCCUCCCUCCUCCUUGCUUCUCCCCUCCCUCCUCCCUGCUUCUCCCCUCCCUCCUCCCUGCUUCCCCCCUCCCUCCUCCUUGCUUCCCCCCUCCCUCCACCCUGCUUCCCCCCUCCCUCCGCCCUGUUUCCCCCCUCCCUCCGCCCUGCUUCCCCCCUCAUAGCCACCUCCACAGCCCCCCACACACCACCCGCCUUCCCCCCUCAUAG